AAAACUACUGACAAUGUGUUCUGUGGAUUAACAGGGAGUUCUUCUUUGCUAAAAUAAUCUCUAUGUCAUUACUACAAUGAAACUAUGAAAUACACAAAUAUGAAACACAGCUGACAAGGAAUCCCAUGUUGUUCAGGAACAGCCGUGGUGUAAUUUUGUGGCGCUGACAUUACUGCUGCAACUCUAAGGUCAAAAUGUUUUUCAAAAGUUCUUUGGUGUGCUGAAUUUUAAAUAUGUCAGGAACUAAUCCGACGUAUUUUUAUUGAAUAUACCCUAUACAACAAGUCUGAUCAGGUGAUGUGAUGUGAGAAAGCUAUUGUUAGGGGCUAUCAAUAGGACAGGAAGACUUUGAUCAGGCCUAGGAAACACCCAGCCUUACAAAAGCUGAAUUUCUCCAGGAGAGGAAAGCAUUUCACUCUUUGAAAACAGCAAACUAACAGAAACAGCAGGCUUGUAAAAUAAGCUUUGGCCAGCUUCACGCUGCUGCUGUUUGUUGUGCGUUCAAAAGGAUGGAUACUUGGGAGGCUUAUGAUGUUCACAGAGGAGGAUGUGCGAGUGUGCGCAGAAUGUCUGUGUGUGUUUGCAUUCAGUGAACCUCUGAACCCUUUCCGGUGCUGGUCGGACAUGCAUCCCGCUGGACCUUACCCAACCAGAGCAGUCACAUUUGGGUUUGUGUGUGUGUGUGCUUGUCUGUGUGUGCUUUUUAUUGACAUGAUCAACAAGUGCACAUGAGUGAGUGGGUUACUGAUUACAGGUAAUGUUAUAGUUUGUUUGUGAUAAGACUCUUGCUUUAAGCACAAAGUCCUGCCAGGUACAGCGCGACUUCAGCUACGUUACCACAUCCUUCCCAUCCCUUGUAGGACAGCUGCUGCCUCUCAGGUCCGUUGGUGGUGUGUUUUUUUCUGCUUCCUCGCAUCUGUUGAGCACGCAGCAGCAUCAUGAGUGUAGAGUCCAAAAAAACACGUGAGGCUUGCUGCUCCAAGCUCAAGCUCUUCCUGGCCUCUAUGGCAUUUGUAUACUUUUCCAAGGCCUUUGGUGGAGCCUAUAUGAAGAGCUCCAUCACUCAGAUUGAGAGGCGCUUUGAUAUCCCCAGCUCCCUCACUGGGGUUAUAGAUGGCAGCUUUGAAAUGGGCAACCUGUUGGUAAUAGCCUUUGUGAGCUACUUUGGUGCUAAGCUCCAUCGUCCCAGGCUGAUCGGUAUUGGCUGUUUGAUCAUGGCUAUUGGAUCUUUCCUCAUAGCCCUGCCUCACUUCUUCCAGGGACCGUAUAAAUAUGAGACCAGUGUGUCUCACAGUACAGACGCCAACAGCACUGACAGCACCCUGCCCUGUCUGUCCAACCACAGCCUGGCUGAUGCAGAUGAAACACCUGAUUUACAGGCCAGAUCAGCUUGUGAGAAGGCAGCCGGCUCCUCCAUGUGGAUCUAUGUGUUCCUGGGAAACAUGCUGCGUGGAAUUGGAGAGACUCCCAUCAUGCCUCUGGGUGUGUCCUACCUGGAUGACUUCUCCAGAGAAGAGAACACUCCUUUCUAUUUGGCCUGCAUCCACACAGUGGGAAUCUUAGGACCUAUGUUUGGGUUCAUGCUCGGGUCCUUCCUUGCCAAGAUCUACGUGGAUAUUGGAUCUGUGGAUUUAGACAGCAUCACCAUCAACCAUAAGGACUCCCGCUGGGUGGGGGCCUGGUGGCUGGGCUUCAUAGUGACUGGCACCGUGAUCCUGCUGUCCAGUAUCCCAUUCUGGUUCCUGCCCAAGUCUUUGCCCAAGCAGGGGCAAGAGCAGAGCAGCCAGAGUAAAGGCACAGAGCUCUCCACAGUGGCAGAGCAGGAGAAUUUCCUGCCAGAGGAAAACCAGGAUAAUGAGGAGAAGGAGAAGGCAGUUACAUUCCAGGAGCUGGCUAAAGAUUUCAUUCCAUCUCUGAGGAGACUCUUCAGGAACAGCAUCUUCUCGCUGAUGAUCCUCACCUACCUGGUGGCUGUCAACGGCUUCAUGGGCAUGAUCACCUUCAAGCCAAAGUUCUUGGAGCAAAUCUAUGGCCAAUCAGCCUCCAAGGCCAUUUUCCUCAUAGGUAUACUGAACCUGCCAGCAGUAGCUUUGGGCAUCAUCACCGGAGGUUUUGUGCUGAAGCGUUUCAAGCUGGGUGUCAUCGGAGCAGCCAGGGUGUCAAUCGCUGCCUCCGUCGGGUCCUUUUGUCUGCUUGCCAUUCAGAUCUUCAUCCACUGUGAUAAUGCAGAGGUGGGAGGUCUUACCGUCUCAUAUCAGGGGGCUCCUCAAGUGUACUACAGCCAACAGGCUUUGCUGUCCCAGUGCAACAUGGGCUGCUCCUGCUCAAUGAAGCAUUGGGACCCAGUAUGCGCCUACAACGGAAUGACGUAUGCCUCGCCCUGCCUGGCUGGCUGCCAGACCUCCACCGGCACCGGCAAAGAAAUUGUGUUUCAUAACUGUACCUGCAUUGGGGAGAUGAUGACUCCGGGCAUGAACAUGUCUGCAGUGCUGGGCCAGUGCCCCAGGAAGAGCGACUGUGAUCGCAUAUUCAAAAUCUUCAUGGCUUUGUCUGUAGUGGGGUCCUUCAUUUCUGCCUGUGGGGGCACGCCAGGAUACAUCGUACUGCUCAGGUCCAUACAGCAAGACCUGAAGUCACUGGCUUUGGGUAUGCAAACACUGAUAGUAAGGACUCUGGGUGGGAUACCUCCUCCUAUAUAUUUUGGAGCAAUGAUUGACCGAACCUGUUUGAAGUGGGGUACCAAGCAGUGUGGAGGCCGUGGAGCAUGUAGACUCUAUGAUGCUAAUGCUUUUAGAAUAACAUUCAUGGGGUUGAUUACUGGACUCUACUUCCUAUCCAACAUGCUGUGGGGAGGCCUCUACCUCAAAAUUGUAAAGAGACAGAAGAAGUUAGCACUGAGGAAUCAGGCCAAAGAAAAUGGACUGGAGGGUAACAGCGUGAGCAAUGGACACGCCAACAUCAACAUUGCCAAAAACAAAGAAGACAUGGACAAGGAGAGCACUAUUUAAGGUGUUUGGGGAAGGCAACACCAUUGUAUAAUGCAAAUGAGCGACACAUAUUUUCCAUUGCCUACGUACUGUGCUGCAUCCAUACUGGACCAAAUGUGGUAAUGGUACAGUGUCAGUGCUCUUUGGCCUUCGAGCAGUAGACCUCUUUUUUACACAGAUAUUGUACCGAAAACAACAGCUGCUGUAUUUUCACGUCAAAGGUGAAAGAUCCUGACUAGAGCUUAGUUUUAAUAUGAACAACCAUCCACUGUUUAUACUUGAAUAGCAUUAGGUCAGGUAAUGAUAGUGAUGUCUCAUCCUACAAUUUUACAUUCAAAGUGAUUUAUGUGCAGUGACAGUUUGGCAAAUAUACAGUAUAUGUACAAUAUAUGUACAGUGUAUAGUUUUAAAUACUAGUACAAGACAACGUAAGUGUUUGUGGCCUAAGAUGCAGUGGCACCACUUAGUAACAUGAAGUAUUGUUUAGUUAUUGACAAUGUUUUCUUUCAUGUUUUCAGUGAGAGUGAGAGUUGUGAGAUUAUAAAGCCUACCUCACUGUCUUCAUUGAACAGUAUUGUAAUGAGGACAGUGAGGGUGGCUGAGUUUAAGGUUUAGGGUGUGUUAGAGAUUAGUAAAAAAGUUAACAACAUAAGUGUGAGCUUAAACUUGCCCAGUAAAUGAACCAAUUUAAAUACACAAGGAGGAAAUCAGAUUAGGAUUCCUGAAGGGAUAGUUAGAAAGUCAGUACUGCACUUUUGUCUGACUAUAGCUGGUAUAAUUAGGACUGUCAUAGAUUUGACUUCCUAAAUGAGUGACUAUUUUUGUUGCAAGAGAGGCCAACUUACCAAAUUAUAAGAUAGAUGGUACCUACUGGAUGGCUGCAGAGUAAGUGCUUUGCUUCUUCCUACGAAAGUCUCUGCUGUGGAUUGACAGAUUAAGUGUUGGUGGAGUCUGUGAUAGCUGCACGGCCUAUUCAGAGCUUUGAAAAGGUGGAGGCGCACAAUGCCAUUUUUGUGAGGUGCAAGUAAAUUUUUUGUGCUUGCACCUUUUUUAGUAGUUUGCUGGUCCAACCAUACCUGCUUGCUCUGAGGCUGAUGCCAAAUAUGAACAACUUAAAGGUAAAGUUCGGCAUAUUGGCAAAUGCACUUAUUUGCUUCCUUUUCCAGACUUAGAUGAGAAGAUCGAUAUCACUCAUGUUUGUACACUAAAUAUUAAGCUACAGUCAGCAACUGGCUAGCUUAGCUUAACACAAAGACUGGAAACAGGGGGAAACAGCUAGCCUGGCUCUGUAGGUAACAGAGUCCGCCUACUAGCACAGUAUAGUGGAACUGUUUUUACAAGGGUUAUGUGCAAGACUUUUUCUUGGCUCGGAGCAGUGACUUCCUCGAGUCUUGUUGUCACGGUGAGGUUGCCUGGCAACCAGCAAAGACUAUGGUUUAAAUAAAUGAGAUAUAACGUGUUAAUUAAUAAGCUUGAGAGAUGCUUGUAGGCUUUGGACAGAGCCAGGCUAGCUGCUUCCCUCUGUUCCCAGUCUUUGUGCUAAGUUAGGCUAACCGGCUGCUGGCAGUAGCUUCUAAUCAUAGACUGUAUAUAAAGAUAGACGACAUGACAGCUCCCCAAAAGUGAAGCCAAAACAUCUCGAUCGCCCCCUGGUAGCUGGCUGCAGUAUAGGUCAUGAACCCAGCCCCCUCCAUGUUAGCGGAUGGGACAUGAGCCAAACUCAAAGUACACGUCAAAUACAUUUUUCCCAUUUUUCUAAUAAGUUUGGUUUUAAUUAGUUAUUUGAUGCUAUAAAAAGGGGGUUUCAUGUCAUGACUGACAGCUGAGGCCGGCUUGCGAUUAAGUCGGCUGUGUGUAUGUGCGGGACCAACUCCGAUCACAACUGCACAGACUCUGGUUGCAAAUGACAUCAAAAGCACAAGAUGGCAGCUCUUGUAUCCGGGAUAUUUUGGCUUCACUUUUGUAGAGUGGGAGGACGUGGAGAUGUGGAGAUGUGUCGUCCAUCUUUAUAUACAGUCUAUGCUUCAAAUUUACAGUGCAAACACGAGAGUUGUGUCAAUCUUCUCAUCUAACUAUAUGUGUAUUUCCUAAAAUGUGGAACUAUUCCUGUAAGAGAUUUUGAAUCAGUUUUGAAUAAAUAAUGUUAGACAUUUUAUCAUAUACAUACUGUAAGUUACUGUAGUUGUGGCCCAGCAUCACAUACAUUAUUGUCUUCUAAAAAUAAAGACAGUCGAAGGGAUCUUCUAAAAAUGUGAAUUCACCUUAAAAAGGGAAAACUUUAUAUACAAAUUUGAGUUGCAUUUUUUUGUGCUUUGAGACACUACAUCUAUGUCACUCAAAUUGACUGGGAAGAAUUACUUGCCUUUCAGAGAGAGUGGUUUUCUGUUCUAGGAGAUCAGUCAUGUUUCCAGUUUAUUACUUUGCAAACUAGUUUCUCUGAUGAACAUUUUUAUGACGUAUAUGUGGAACAGGGAACAAGAGAGAUAGGUGGAUUUCAUGCUAAAAAAUCUUUCAUGAAACAGGUUACAUGUCAGCCUGAUAACCUUUACUCUGACUGUUAGCAAUAUUCCCCAGCAACAUUUGACAUGCCUGGAUAUUUCACAUGUCUGACAUUGCGCACAUUUCUUGUUACAUCAUUUUACACAAACCUUUAAGGUCAUGAACAUUCAUAUAAUCUUCUGACUCACCAGUGUUAGUCUGCCAAAGUUCACUAUAGUUUGGACAGUGGAAAACAGUGAGUGGACUGUAACUCAAACAUGAUUGUUUUAUUGAAGUUUUAUUCUGUUAUACACUGUAGUUGUUGAUUAAAAUCAAUCAAUUAAUAUGUAUAAUUACUGUUAAUAUUCAGAAUAUAUAUAUCGAGUUAGAUAUGUUUAUAUUGUGUCCAUAUAUUUCUUCCUUUUUUUCUUCUUCUUUUUUUUUUUUACAAUUUUGUUGAAUGUCCUCAAAGCAUAUCUGUAAGCAAUAAAGACACAUUUUCAUAAAA